AUGGAUAACAUCACGCUGAACUUCACAGACACAGAGCCAGAGUUCGAGGAAGUGUUCGGAGAAGGAGUCAAUACAUCGGAUACCUACUUUGAAAUUGAUUCCAGUGCUAUGCUCGACAACUUACCAGCGUACGGGGGUAUGCUUAUCGCUGAAUGCGUAUUAGCCACUCUGCAAGUCCUAAUAUCAAUAGCUGCGACGCUGAAAAUCGCGCGUUGGGGACGAAACUACAGGAACCAAAUGUUAACGCAAUUCAGUAUAGCACGCCUCGUCGAUAGGAUCGCGAAUUUAUCCCUGUUCCUGUGCCCGGAUCUCACUAUAAAGACGUACGAUAUACUCAUGGGCGUUCGUGUUCACGUGGAUUUAGUGCUCGUUAUCUUAGUUAUAUUCUUCAUAAAACAUAUGUACGAAAGCUUAAUUAUCGUCGUCGUAAAAGUGGUUAAGAAUGAUCUGUAUAAGGUCUUAUGUUGUUCGUGGUUACUCCCUCUACCGUUCAGUGCGCUGUACGUGUGCCUUGUCACUUACAACUGUGUAAGCCCGUGGAUGGCAUACUUCACCAUUUGCUGUGCUUUUCGGUGGCCGGUUAUGAUUAUAGGAACGGGUUUGUACCUCAAAAUACUAUUCAAAGUCACGAUGGAUAGUAUACGGUAUUACGCGAAGAGUCUGACGGCUUUAACGUUUUUCCUUUGUUUGGUGAUCAAUCUGUAUGUGUUGUCGGCUGAUAUUACUAAGUUGUGGUACGCCCAAAAUUAUCUUCCGAUCUUUCUAAACACAGUAUUAGGGUUGAUACUAGAUUCUUUGGCUGUAUGUCUGUACGUUAUACUGGUUCUAAAAGCGUAUGGAAAAACGACUGAUCGCGUUCAUCGUAAAGUGAAUAAUGGAAUCAGUGUAAACAAUGUGAAUAGUGUAGUCUGA